UAAGUAACAGGCUCUUCAAAGCCCCACCAGAGGUAUCAAUUGCCUUAUUUCUGAUCUAAUCUAAGUUCUGGAUGUUUAUAAAGUGCUUCUAAAGAUGGAAUCCUGGAGUAAAAGUCACAACAUCAAGAAUUAUCUGUUUUCAGUUGUGUUUAAGAUUGGGAGCGCAGUUGGUUCUCGAUUACAGGCCCAAGUCUGCUCCAGCGGAAGGCUUUGACAGCAGCAGCAGGGCUGUCCCUGCCCAGCAGUGCAAGCACGCAGCUGAACCAGCCUGCUUUCAUGUCACUGCGGUCCCGAGCAAACAAGGAAAUGAAUUCCUGGCCAUCUGCAAGGAGAGGAGCCCCAGCAUUCUCGGAAAGUGCAACUUCUCUGUAGACCUUAGAGCGCAAAAGCUGAAGCAGAACGAGUGCAAUCGGUCUUUCACUUUCCCUGGAUUCUUGUUAUUUAGGUCUGCAAAUAAAACUGGGGAUAUUCGGUCUUCCUACAAGUAGAAACGGCUUCAAAAGACCGUGAUAAACAGCAGUCGGGGAGAUGCAGACGCUUCUUGUUGAAUUUAUGGGCCGGGGUCGUCUUUUGUCGCUUCCCCCCGUGUGGUGCAGCCCACCGCAUUUAUCAUUCCAGGACAAAUUUAUCAGCGGGAGUGGCGAGGCUGGGCUGCCUGAGCUUCCCGACAGGAACCGGGCCAGGAGGGCACGGAAGAUCAGCGGGACAAACCCGAUGAGAAACAGGAGUGGGUCGGUGCCGGGGGCCCGAUGAGUUACGGGGAGCACCACCGGGGGCAGAGCCGCGAGGGCAGCUCAGCCCCACUGACGGACUUUCACAUUUGAACCCGCCCGGGCACCCGCGCUGCCCCGGCCCGCGGCCCGUUCCCGGCGGAAGCGGAAGGGCCGGGCAGCAGCCGGAGCAGCAGCGGGAGCCCAGCCUGAGUAGCGGCGGCAGGAGCGGCGCUCGGUAGCGGCGGCAAACAUGCCUGCAACAUGCGACUUUGUUACACUCCACACUGGGCAGAAGAUGCCUCUCGUGGGACUGGGAACUUGGAAGAGUGACCGUGGCCAAGUGAAGGAGGCAGUGAAGCACGCCCUCAGCGUGGGCUAUCGCCACAUCGACUGCGCGGCCGCCUACAGCAACGAAGCCGAGAUCGGGGAGGCCUUCCAGGAGUGCGUUGGGCCCAGCAAGGUUAUUAAAAGGGAGGACCUGUUUGUAACAUCAAAGCUCUGGAAUACCAAGCACCACCCUGAAGAUGUAGAGCCAGCACUGAGGAAAACACUUGGAGAUAUGAAACUGGAUUACCUGGACCUGUACCUCAUGCACUGGCCUCAUGCCUUUGAACGAGGGGACAACCUCUUCCCAAAGAAUCCUGAUAACACGAUGCGUUACGACUACAUUGAUUAUAAGGAAACCUGGAAGGCUAUGGAGAAACUGGUGGAAAAGGGUCUUGUGAAAGCCAUUGGGCUGUCAAACUUCAACAGUCAUCAGAUCGAUGAUGUACUAAGUGUGGCUACUGUGAAGCCAGCUGUGCUCCAGGUGGAAUGCCAUCCUUACCUAGCUCAGAACGAGCUGAUUGCUCACUGCCAGAAACGAGGACUGGUGGUCACUGCCUACAGUCCCCUUGGCUCACCUGAUCGCAUGUGGAAACACCCGGAUGAGCCUGUGCUGCUAGAGGAACCUGGGGUCAAAAAAAUUGCUGAAAAAUACAGCAAGUCACCUGCACAGAUCAUCCUCAGAUGGCAAGUGCAGCGUAAAGUGGUUGUCAUUCCCAAGAGUGUCACUCCUGCUCGCAUUCAGCAGAAUCUGCAGGUGUUUGACUUCAGCCUCACAGAAGAGGAGAUGAGCCACAUUGGAAGCCUGAACAAAAACUGGCGUUACAUUGUGCCAAUGAUUACGGUGGAUGGAAAGCUAGUAGCCAGAGAUGCUGGACACCCCCACUACCCCUUCAACGACCCCUAUUAAGUGCUGGAAAAUCAGGCGUUGCAGUAAUGAUCCAGUAAUUGCCUUCACACAAAGUAAUUGUUGCCACGGUUUUUUGACAGUUGCCACUGCCCAAAUUAAAACCUUCCUUCCCAAGUGGGUUUUCCUACAAUGUACUACUUCUAAUCGACCUCCUGCCUGGAGAUCCUGCAGCUUCUGUUUCAGAGUUUGUGGAUUUAUCACAAUGACUACAAGCUGGCUCCUGGAGGCAUCAGAUCUUUUGGAGAUUAGAUAAAGAGUGAGGAGUCUAAGUCAAGUUCCAGAGGCAUCGUUAUCAGACAAGGGCAUUACUUUGAGUAAUUACUUUGGUUACUACUGUGAAACGGUUUUGAAAACUUCAGUUGCUACCAUGAUGAGGGGAAAAAAAGAAGGGUGAAGGUGUGAAAGUUUUUUAAGGCUAAAGAAUUGCUCAGCCAUCAACUUUGAUCUCUUUUAUUAAUAAUUUUUUACACAGGGAGUAAAGUGAAAGGUGCUACAAUUGCACUAUGUCCCUAAAUCAUUCAUUAAAACCCAAGUAAUCAGCCAUGCCCAGUGCUUUUAUCCACUUCAUCGUACUUUUGGGACCUGGAGUUGUCAAUUUUCUCUUUCUUUUAAUUUGCCUGUAGAUUUGAGCAGAAUAAAAGCAGACCCUGGAGCAGGCCUUCAGGGCAAUUCUCUCUCUUGCUUGUCACAGUGCUGGGUUUCAGCUCUCACAGCACCUCUGAUCCUAUCACAAAAGCCACAAGAACUUUGCAGCAAGUCUUGCAGAAAAACAUCCUGCUUUUCCCGUGAAGUGUUUCUUUACCAAAGAUGUCCAUUUUGAGUUCUGGAAGGUCACAAAAUUAGUUCCUAAUUGUACAGUAAGACCAAAGACCUUUCAGAGCUCCCAAUGUUUUAAUGUUGCAUUUUUGGUUGCUGCCAAAAAAAUGUCUUUGGCUGAUGCUUAGGAGAGCUGCUCCUGUCUCCUGCUGUACCACUGACCUGCUGGUAACUCGGGGUGAGUCCUUGGCCUUUUGUGCCUGUUUUCCUACUUGCCAUGUCUGUGUUCCCCUGGCAGGGACUGAUUUGCUGAGUGCUGAUGCACCCGUGGACUGGAACUCCAGCUCUAAGCACAGUUUUCUUUUGUGUCAGUCUCCUAAUGAACUGGCUGAGCACAAAGGGCAUGAGGUGUUGGUACCUACCUGUGCUCUGGUGGUGACACUUCUGUGGCCUUAGAAACAUCAACACUUUAUUUUGGUCCUCUCUACCUGUUAAAUAGGAUUAAUUUUUUUCCCCACAGUAAUUAGAAUUGCUAUUGGAUUGCUAUUUUCCCGUAGCAAGCAAUUAGAAAAAGUCUUGUAUAUCAAAUAGUUCAAAAGUUAAGGAAUUAGACACUUUAAUUUGGAUACCCUCGUUUGCAAUAGGCCUAUAGCAGAUCUAUGUAUUCAUUUGGAGUGUAAAGCCUUCUCAGGUAGUUCCUGCCCUGGGCCUCACAGUGUGCAGCUGAACUGCAGAAAAAAGUGACACCAAUUUAUCACUCCUUGUAAACCGCAGGCAAAAUUUCAGGAACUUCUGUUGCUUCGUAAAAUGUUUCCUAAUUCCUCAUGAAUUUGCCUCAGUGGAGGAAGCCAAUCCUCCUUUAGGAUUCUUUACUAGACUGGACAUUUUCUUCUAAGGAAAAUUAAAUUCUUGUUGGUAUAUUUAAUUGUUCUACUCAAAUAUGGUGACUUUGAAUACGGUUCUUGUUGCAAUCCUGCCAAGGACAGUGGCUUUUCUUGCUUGUUUCACUUGCAUGUUUGCUUGUUUAAAUAAAUUCUGUACUCGUUGUAUGACUGAGAAUUUUUCCCUCCCUCUUAUCAAGGCCCCAACUAACUUACUCUAGUUAUUUCUCUGAGCAAGAGUACCUAACUGGGCUGAGAGAAUUCCCAAGAAAAGCACAUUAAUGUUGUAGCUCUUUGAACCCCACACUUCCCAGCUCUGUUCCUGCAGGGAGGGAC